UCGGUGUGUCCACAGAGGGGGAUGCUGCGCGUGCGCGCUAUUGGGCCGCGUGACAGCCCCCUCCCUUUCCAGUCGUCAAUGUGGAGGGAGGGUCGAUGUGGGCCAUGAGAUUUACGAGACGACUUAUUGGUGGUGGGAUACUUCCCGCAUAUUUAGUGAUGGCUAUCCUAAUUGUCUUCAUUGUGGGAGCUGCUCUGACGACAUUAUUGCCCAAAGUUGUGGAAAGUGGUGCUGUUGUCCAUAGGGAGCAGGAUAACCAGAGAACCAACAUUCCAAAUUCCUUCACCAUUAUCAUGCAGUCUUACAACAGAACAGACUUGCUUCUUAAACUGCUGAAUCACUAUCAGGCCAUUCUAAAUUUACACAAGAUCAUUGUGGUCUGGAAUAGUGUUGGAAUAAAACCACCAACAGACUUAUGGGAUUCAUUGGGACCACAUCCCAUCCCCGUUCUCUUUAAAGAACAGACUGCAAAUAGAAUGCGGAACCGACUGGAGCCAAUUCCAGAACUGGAAACCAAAGCUGUCUUGAUGCUUGAUGAUGAUAUUUUAAUUAGUGCCUAUGACCUUGAUUUUGCCUACUCUGUUUGGCAGCAAUUUCCAGAUCAAAUUGUCGGGUUUGUUCCCCGGAAGCACGUCACAACUUCUUCAGGAAUUUACAGCUAUGGCAGUUUUGAACUCCAGAAUGCACUUGGUGGAAGCGGUGACCAUUACUCCAUGGUGUUGAUUGGAGCUGCAUUUUUUCACGCCAGUUACCUUGAAAAGUUUAAAGUUCAGCACCCAGCUGUCCACAGCCUAAUUGACAAGACCCAGAAUUGUGAUGACAUUGCAAUGAAUUUUAUAGUUGCCAAGCAGACUGGGAAGCCAUCGGGAGUGUUUGUGAAGCCAGCGGACAUGAGAAAUCUGGAAAAAGAUUCCAACGGUGGCUUCAAUGGCAUGUGGCAUCGGGCGGAACACUUGCUUCAAAGGUCCUGGUGUCUGAAUCAGCUGGCUGCUAUCUAUGGCAGCAUGCCUCUGAAAUAUUCCAACAUUAUGAUCUCUCAGUUUGGGUUCCCCAACUAUGCAAAUCAUAAAACAAAAACCUGAAGGUGCUGAACAGUUGCUGAUCUAUCUGAUGCUAUUACAGAUUUUUGUAUAGUGGAUACUGGAGAGGGAGAUUGACCUAAUGUUUGCAAACAGUGAUUCAUUUCCUCUGUCUGUACAACAGAGGAACAUGCAAUAGGAAUGAAUCUCUUACUUCCACCAUUUCAGUGCAGGUGCCAACACUGAGGCAGAUACCUCUGAGUAUUGCCAUUUUUUCUUUUUGCAACUUCUGUAAUCUUGCUGGUAACAGUCCACAAUUCUACGGAAGCUUUAAUUUUUUUUAAAUUUUUUUCAUUCAGUUACCUUUGCUGUUUUUGUCUGUACAAAAUGCAGUCAUGUCUUGAUCAGCUGCUGCCAUUAUUCACUAAGUAGCCAAUUUCUGGACUAUUAUCAGUCACCUUUUUAGAAGUGAUUAAUGAUGUACCUCAUCCACUACUAAAAACUCUGGAAAAGUUUGUGCCUGCAUCAGUGUUUCUAGAAAUUUACUUUUUGACUCCUGUCUUGUGUAUUCUUGACUCUACAUUGCUUUUAAUCUAAUGUACAUUUACAUCUCAGGAUGCUAUAAUAUGUAUACCUUUAGUGAAUAAAUAUCUCAAAAACUCUACAAAUGCAGAA